CGGCUCAGUUCGGUUCGGCUCGACGUCGUUUUGCGAGAAAAUUGAUUCUGCGCGAAAGAGGAAUACCCAGUGAGAGAGAAAGGGAAACGAGCCACCAACGAACCGGGGGUCUUCGCACGCUGACACAGAGACAAACUCCGGAGCACGAAAGGACGACACUCUUUCGAGGACGAUCGACGAUCUCGCAUCCGACGUAUUUUUAUUCUUCCUUACUUAUAUUUCCCUCCUAACCAACACGUUCAACUAAAUCCUACGAAAGAUCUCUUUCUAUACAUAUAUAUAUACAUAUAUAUAUAUAUUUAUUAUACGUAUAACUAUAGUAACGUUAUAUAUAUUCUCUCUCUCUCAACCUUUCACUCAUUCACUCAUACACCGAACCAAUCACAUUCAUGUGACUCGAUCGCUAUUAUGUAAGAAAGGGGGAUGUUACCCUUUCUUUUAACGUCAACCAUUCGAAUCGUCGUGUGUUUUUGAGUUCGCGACUAUAAUCAAAAUCAUCAAACGAGACGAGACGGACACGAGACGAGACGAGACGAGACAAGUCAAACGAAGUUACUUCAAAUCUUCUUCGUAUUAUUCGACUUAGAGUGUGUCAAGAAGAAGAAGAAGAAGAAGAAGAAAAAGAAGAAGAAGAUCCAUUUGAAAUAAAGGAAGCCUGAGGAAGAUCUUAUUUAGGAGAGUCUCUUUACCUUCUUCUCUUUCUAUAUAUAUAUAUAUAUAUCUUUAUCUCUCUCUCUCUCUUCUCUCUAUUCUCACUAACACACGCACACAAAUAUACGUACAUACACACCUAAUACUCUCUCAUUCGUUAUCUACGCGACGAUAUGCGAAAAGACGAGUUCGACGCGAGACGAGAGCAACGACGACGAUCGAGCAGAUACCGUGAAUAAAAUAAUUCAUUAAUUAAUUAACGUGUGAAUGCGUUUCGCGCCGGGGGGGGGUCUGUGCGAAUUAUUGGGCCCGAGGAUAUUCCUCCUCCUUCGAUGGAUCGAAAAAUUCUUAUCCUCGCUCAUAUCCUGGGAAUCUGUUCUGGUCUGCGAGAAGUACGUGUCCAGAUACCGACAGCCGUCAGGAAAGGAGACACAGCAUUGCUGAAUUGUUGGUAUGAUAUAGAACAAGACCCGUUGUAUGCAGUCAAGUGGUACAAAGGGGGUCGAGAGUUUUAUCGUUAUGCUCCGAACGAGAACCCAGUCGUCAAGACUUUUCCCAAUGGGAACUUGACGGUAAAGAAAUCGGAGAGCAACGCGACACAGGUAGCUUUGACCAAUCUGGAAUUGGACGCUGCUGGAUUAUACAGUUGUGAGGUAUCAGCGGAUGAACCAUCAUUUCACACGGCUAUGAUAUCGGCCAUUAUGAAUGUUGUAGAAUUACCCUCUCGAAGGCCUUCGAUACACGGACUAAGGAGGAAAUACCGGAUAGACGAUAGACUUCGUUUGAACUGCACAUCCGGACGUAGCAAACCAGCGGCCAAUCUCACUUGGUACAUCAAUGAUCGACAGCCAAAUCCAUCCCACGUGAAAACGUACAGUCCGUUGAAUACGAACGAGUCCGAAUGGCAGGUGUCCCGGAUCGGCCUUCAAUUUCUUGUGACGCACGAACACUUCAUGAACGGCAAGCUGAAAAUACGUUGCAGUGCAUCUAUAUACGACAUUUAUUGGCAGAGCACGGAAGUAAGCGCUGAGGAAGAUCGUCCAAGGGUUAUACAUUAUGAACCAGCUGCAACUAUAGUUGGUAUCAAUUAUCUACAACCACCUCCUAAUUUUCAAACCGGCCAAAGGAAACCCGACGGUCAAGUUGGCGUAAAAGGUGAAUUUUACUUGCCCUAUUUAAUCUUUAUAUAUAAUUGCUUGGAUAUUUUGAUUUUGGAUAAGUCAGAAUUAUAUUAAUAAACUGAACUAUAUUUAGGGGGUAGUG